AUGAGUGAUAUUUAUAUUAUUGUCCAUCUUGCAACCACUUGUGAUGAUUCGACAACAUAUGUCACUAAAGAUUCAUCUGAGUUGAUUGAAUUUGCAUGGGAAACUUUGGAUACAUCGACUUUGGAAACUUUAUCCAAAGAUUCGAUCUUGGUUCGUCCUAUUAAUACUCCUAUUACACCAUAUUGUUCAAGACUUCACAAGAUCUCGUGGGAACAUGUCAAGAAUGCAGGUUCAUUUAAAGAUGCCAUUGCAAAAUUUGAUCAAUAUGUCCAAGAUGAAAUCAUUGGCAAGAAGCAAGAGUUUUCAAUUGUUAUGUAUGAUACAUCUAAAUUGAGAGUUCAGUUAUCCCGUGAGGCUAGAGAUAAAUCCGUGGUUUUACCAUCAUAUUUGCAACAUCCAAGAGUAUUCGAUAUUCCUAAGGAAUAUUGUAAUUGGCAAUCAACACACGCGGAAGCUUUGUCAUACCCCGCAACAUCUUUGUCCAAUAUUAUAACUGCUUUGGGACUUGAAAUUGAAAACAUUUCUGAAUACAAUGAAUUGCCAAAUUUUUCUUCGUCAACUCCACCUCCAAGGGCUCUGGUUGACGAUUCCAAUUCUCAAGGUUUAGAUUCUGGACCUAAUGGUAAAACUGUGGCUGAAUUGUAUGCAAUGAUUGUCAAACAGUUGGUUAAGAAGUCUAUGCCUAUUGAAGAACAUCCUACUGUGUUUACAAAGCCAUAUGAUUCAGGUCAAGAUAUUACAGUUUUCUCCGCAGAACGUUCGAAGGUACUUUAUCUUUCAAACUUGCCUAAUGAUACUACACAAUCUGAGUUGGAAUCUUGGUUCACUCAAUAUGGUGGAAGACCUGGUGGAUUUUGGACAUUUAAGAAUGGCGAAGAUUCAAAUAAUGGUAACAAUGGUGCUGGAAAAUUAACCCAAUCAUCUAAAGCAGGAAUAGCUGGGUUUGUAGCAUUUGGAACCCAUGAUGAAGCAGCAGAUUGUUUAGCUUUGAAUGGAAGAGUAUUAGGUGACCGUGCCAUUGAGGUCCAACCGUCAAGUAGCAAGGUUUUUGAUAUUGCUAUGGAUAAGUUAUUAUUGACACUGUUUCCAUUGUCCAAGAAUAAGCCAAGACCAGGAGAUUGGACAUGUCUUUCAUGUGGAUUCUCUAAUUUCCAAAGAAGAACUCAUUGUUUUAGAUGUUCAUUUUCAGCUGUUGCAUUCCAGGAUCUUUACAAUCAUUCCAAUAAUAGCAAUUCUAGCAACUUGGGUCGCAGGACAUCGAACCAGAAUACACCUAUUGGUAACCAACAACAACAACAACAACAGCAGCUGCAGCAGCCACAACAACAACAACAACAACAACAACAACAACAGCAUGCUCAACCUCAAUCAUCGCAAUUACAACAGCAAUCACAACUUGCUGAUAAAAUGACUUCUGGCGCUGCUAACUUGUCGUAUAAUGGGUUAAAUGAUGGAUCUUCUGGAUUACAAAAUUAUUCAAAUGAUUCCAAUGUUGGUGGUAUAAAUACAAACCAUCAUAAUAACAACAACAACAACAACAACAAUAGUAUUAAUACUAACAACAACACUAAUAAUAACAAUAAUCUCGGCCGUAAUCAUUACAACAGCAAUGUUCCCUUUAGAGCAGGUGAUUGGAAAUGUGAAGUUUGUAUGUACCACAAUUUUGCCAAAAACUUGUGUUGUUUAAAAUGUGGUGUAGCUAAACCGAUUAUGAGCCACCAACAAGCAAAUCCAAUGCAUUCUGUUAACACCACUGCUGCUGCAAUUGCGGCAGCUACAGCUAGUGGUCAACCAUUGAAUUUGAAUAGCAAUGCGUUUAUUGGACUCCAGCAAUCCCAAAUGCAGCAUCAUUAUAAUCAACAACGUGGCAACAAUAAUAACAACAAUAUUUCUGGAGGUCACAAUUACAAUAACAACAAUAAUAGCAAUAGUUCUAAUAACCAAAAGAAUCAAUACUACAAUAGUACUAGUUUGCGUUCAGGACUUUCACAACAGAGUUCAGUCAUGACACAACAAGCAUUGAUGUAUUCACAGCAACAACAACAACAACAACAACAAGGAGGAAUGGGACCAAAUAAUUCUGGUUCAUUACAACAAAAAUAUUCAGGUAGUCAGAAUUCACCUAAUUUAUAUUCAAUGUAUUCUAAUUCCGGUCAUAAAUCAGUUGGAAAUUAUUCCAAUAAUGAACCUAUAACUGGUCCUGUUGUUUUAAAGAAUUCUAACCAUCAAUCCCCUGGUAUGAAUGGACAAUCAUUCAAUUCUUUGAAUAACCAAAUGAAUUCAUUAAACUUGAAUUGA